CUCAGGAAAGGACCCCUCUGUGUGUCAGCUCUGCCUCCAUCUACCGUUUCCUUGAUUGCCCCACACAUCGUUCGUAGCAGCCAUGGAAGGUCAGAAGUCGCUUCAGCAGGUGGACAAGGAGAUGUUUGACCUCAUCAAGAGUGAGAGGGACCGCCAGGUGCGGGGCAUCGAGCUCAUCGCAUCCGAGAACUUCACCUCCCGCGCCGUCAUGGAGUGCCUGGGGUCAUGCCUCACCAACAAGUACUCGGAGGGGCUGCCCGGCGCAAGGUACUACGGUGGCAACGAGUUCAUCGACCAGGUGGGUGCGGUGGGUGUGGGUAGGGGGAUGCAUCGAGCGAAUCGUGGCAUGCAGAUCCACCAUGGGGCGGCCUCUGUCGGGUGCUUGUGUGUGUCCUCUGUGUGUGUGACAGAUUGAGGUGUUGUGUCAGCGUCGUGCGCUCCACGCCUUCGGCCUCGACCCAGAGGAGUGGGGAGUCAACGUGCAGCCAUACUCCGGUACGCAACAGCUCCCUUGACAUUCCAGCCAUCCACACACGUGUGUGGUGGCUGUCCCCUGCGUGUGAUGCAACAGGUUCGCCGGCGAACUUCGCUGCGUACACGGCGUUGCUGCACCCGCACGACCGCAUCAUGGGUUUGGAUCUGCCGUCUGGCGGCCACCUGACGCACGGCUUCUACACGGCCAAGAAGAAGAUCAGCGCCACGUCCAUCUACUUCGAGAGCCUCCCCUACCAGGUCAACCCCCAGACCGGAUGGCUCGACUUCGACGACCUCCUCAAGAGGGCCAAGCUCUUCAGGCCCAAGGUCACACAGCACACGAGAGGAGGAGAGAGGGAGAGAGGGAUGACGAUGCGUCGUAUGUGUGUGUGUGGUGGAUGGGAUGCAGAUGAUCAUCACGGGUGCGUCUGCGUAUCCCCGCGAGAUCGACUUCAGCAAGUUCCGCGAGAUCUGCGACGAGGUCGGCUGCUACCUGCUGGUGGACAUCGCCCACAUCAGCGGCCUGGUGGCCGCCAAGGUGCACAUGUCGCCCUUUCCGUACGCCGACAUCGUCACCACCACCACACACAAGUCCCUCAGGGGGCCGCGGGCGGGCAUGAUCUUCUUCAACAAGAAGCGUGUGCCCGACGUCGAGGAGAAGGUCAACUUCAGCGUGUUCCCCAGCCUGCAGGGCGGCCCGCACAACCACCAGAUCGCCGGGCUCGCCACGCAACUCAAGGAGGUCGCCACGCCCGAGUUCGCAGAAUACGCCAGACAGGUGAGACCACACACACGUGGGGAGCAGGGAGAGGAGGCAGACACACGAAUGUGUGUGUGUAUGCGUCGUAUCAGGUUGUGUCAAACACGAAGGCGUUGGCCGAGGUGUUGAUGGGCAAGGGUUACAAGUUGGUGACGGACGGCAGCGACAACCACCUGGUCCUCUGGGACGUCAGGCCCCUCGCACUCACCGGAUCCAAAGUCGAAAAGGUACCUACCCCUGUCAGUCAGGAAGCCACCAGAGACCCUCUGCUCAUCCAUCUCUCCAUUGCCCCCUCCCUCUCAGGUGUGCGAUGCGGUGCACAUCACUCUCAACAAGAACGCCGUGUUCGGCGACGCGUCGGCCAUGUCGCCGGGCGGCGUGCGCGUGGGCACCCCCGCCAUGACGACCCGCGGGUGCAAGGAGGCCGACUUCCGGCAGGUGGGCGAGUUCCUCCACCGGGCGGUGCAGAUCUGCCUGGAGAUCCAGCAGUCGCACGGCAAGAAGCUCAACGACUUCGUCAAGGGCAUCCCUGGCAACGCCAAGAUCAACGACCUCAAGAAGGACGUCGAGGAGUGGGCCACCAAGUUCCAGUUCCCCGGCAACCCGGAGCUCUGAGCUGAUUGAUCGAUGGAUGGCCGACUGCCUGCCUGCCUGCCUGCCUGCCCGUCCGUCCGUCCGUCUGUCGCGUGUGCGUGCAUUGAUGAG